GAGAGAACCAGCAGCUUCUUACAGUUUUCACUUCAGCAGUAAUUUGUGCUUAUGGAGACUUCAUCCACCUCCGGCCAUCACGUCCAGGUCGCAGGUCGCAGGAAGAAGAAAGCGGAUGAUGAGACUCAGGACAGAAAACCACUGGUGGAAAAAGGAACGGCCAAUGAAGAAAUGGAGUGUAAAUUGAUGGCAGGAGAGGCGCUGAACAGAAGGAAGGUCUGGGAGCCGAGUGUUUACUAUGCAUUGGGAAAGGAGUCGUUCUUCUUUUCUGGUCAUGACAUCUGCAUCCGAGAGUCUCUGGACACCUACGGAGCUCUCAUCUGGCCUGGGGCUAUAGCUUUGUGCCAGUUCUUGGAGAACAACCAGCAGCUGGUGAACCUCAUGGACAAAGCUGUGCUAGAACUUGGAGCUGGAACUGGUUUGUUGUCCAUUGUGGCCAGUCUGCUGGGUGCCUGGGUAACAGCCACUGACCUGCCAGAAAUCCUGUCCAACCUGACCUUUAACCUCUUGCGAAACACCAAGAGCCGCUGUCGGUACACUCCUCAGGUGGCCGCCCUCACCUGGGGUCACGACCUGGAGCGAGACUUCCCCUGCGCUUCCUGCCGCUAUGACUACGUGCUGGCGGCAGACGUGGUCUACCAUCACGACUACCUCGAGGAGCUGCUGGCCACCAUGCGUCACUUCUGCCGGCCGGGGAGCGGGACCACGCUGCUGUGGGCCAACAAGGUGCGUUUCGAGUCGGACCUGCGGUUCACGGAGCGCUUUAAGAGCAGUUUCAACGUCACGCUCCUUUCCGAGCUUCCACAGGAGGAGGUGAGGAUCUACAAGGCCACGGCGAAGGAGUGAUGGAGGGCAGAGAUGGAGAGCUAAUGGAGAAACACAAAGGAGGGCGAAUUGAUGUUUGUAAUGGCAGAUGCUGGAAUGAUGUGUGUGUACAGAGGUGUAAUAAGGUAAUGUAAUGAGGUAAUGUUGUGUAUAACGGAAGUAAGUGUUUAUAACUGUAGGAAGAAAACACGAGACUUGAGUUUACCUCUCGCUGGUUUGGACGACUAGAGAGAAGAGACUAGAAUAUGAAGACAUUCCUGCACAGUCCUUUAAGCUUUGUCAAGUAGAAAGUAGAAAGGAAGGUCUGAACUCGAAUUAACAUUUCAUUUAGCUAUUUUAUUUACCAGUACCUUUUCAUACAUUUGAUAUUCUCUUUGACUUGAUCCAGGUUCCACUGACAUAUUUCAUUUCAAAAUAAAAUAACU